AUGUCUUCAAACGACAUUGCAACGAAUCGGCAAAUCAAUACUCCCAGCGAUGAACCCUUAAUCCACCCAGUUAAUGGAGCAUCGCCGGAGUCUCAAGAUGGUGAACCAAAGGAGUUUGCUGAAGUUAAGGAAUUGAGACGAGGUUUAGCUCAGAGGCACAUUCAAAUGAUUGCUUUGGCUGGAACAAUCGGGACGGGUCUUUUCUUGGGUUCAGGGAAAGCUAUUGCCAGAGCAGGUCCACUAGGAGCAUUACUCGGAUAUACUCUUGUAGGGAUACUUGUAUCUGGCGUGGUUCUUUCCAUAGCUGAAUUGAGUGCUCUUGUUCCUUUAAGCGGGGGUAUCAUACGUCAUGCCGAAUAUUUCGUCGAUCCCGCUCUCUCAUUCGCGAAUGGCUGGAACCAAGUUUACAGCAAUAUUAUCACGAUACCCGCCGAACUCGUUGCGGCGGCCGUUUUAAUCCAGUUCUGGGUACAAAUUAACAAUGCCGUCUGGAUUAUCUGCUUCGGAUUUCUGUUGGUCAUAAGUAAUCUCCUUUUUGUGCGGGCACUGAUCAUCACUUGUGGUGGAGGACCGAAUGGUGAAACAUAUGGGUUCCGAUAUUGGCGCAAUCCGGGGCCGUUUGUUGACUACCUAGGGUAUACUGGCGCUUUGGGUCAUUUCAUGGGCUUCUGGACCACAUUUUCGAACGCAGUGUAUGCCUAUUCGGGCGUCGAAAACUUCUCACUUGCAGCUGCAGAAACGCAGUCACCUCGAAGGAAUAUUCCCAUCGCUGCGAAAAGAAUCUUCUUCCGAGUGAUGUUAUUUUACGUACUUUCGAUAUUCAUGAUCGGCAUGAUUGUACCAUCGAAUGAUAAAGAGCUCUUGCGAUCGACAGGAACAGCAGCCCAGUCACCUUUCGUUAUCGCAGCCAAUAAUGCAGGAAUUAAAGUUGUUCCUUCAAUCAUCAAUGCCGUUGUUUUGACUAGUGCUUGGAGUGCUGGUAAUGCAGCUAUGCUUGGUGGAUCUAGAAUGUUAUAUGGGCUUGGUCGACAUGGACAUUCACCAAAAGUCUUUCUCCAAACUAAUCGCUUUGAUGUACCAUACAUUGCCAUUGGGUUCCUCAGUCUUUUCAUUUGCCUCGGGUUUCUGACACUUUCGAGCUCUGCAAGUAUUGUUUUUAAUUGGCUUCAGGACUUUGUUGCAGUUGCUGCUCUUGUCAAUUGGAUGAUUAUUUGCGGUGUAUAUCUAAGGUUUUAUUAUGGAUGUAGAAAGCAAGGAAUUUCUCGAUCAACAUUGCCAUGGAAAGGACCAUUUCAACCAUACGCUGCAUGGAUAGCAUUGAUCUCGUUUAGUAUCCUUCUCUUGACAGGUGGCUACUCUGUCUUUAUCAAGGAUCAUUGGGACACGGAAACUUUCGUUUCAUCUAACAUCAACAUUCCCCUUAUUCUCAUUCUAUAUUUCGGCUAUAAAUACAGGCAGGGUACUGGGAUUAUUCCAUUGUCUGAUAUUCCAAUUCAAAAGUUUAUUGAUAUCGCGAACGACAAUCCGGAGCCAGAAGAGGAUAAGGUUGUGGGAUGGAAGAGGCUAAAUAUUUUGUGGAGCUAG